GAGCAGGUUCAUAGUGCAUGCGAAGAAUCUGAUGGCUCAAAUGUGGUUGUUGUGCUACGCUUUGUGAAGAUAAAAGCUUACAAAGGUGUUAAGAGUGUAACAAAUUCAUAUGACACUACUCAAGUAUUUGUCAAUCCUACUUUCCCUGAAGUCGAUUUGUUCAGAAAUUCUCUACCCCCGGAUGGUUUAGUGUUGGUUUUCCGUGAAAGGCGUCCAAGAUUGGAGUUGGUAAGGGUUAACAAUGACGCUCACCAAGAACUUCCAAGGAGAACUAUUGAGGAAAUCAAGAAUUCCCUAGAGGUUGGAAGGGUCAGGCUGCUAUGUACAAUUUACGGGAUUGAUACAGACUGGGCAUGGUACUACAUUAGCUGUAGAUCCUGCAAUAAAAAAGUUAACCACAUCCACUCUGGUGUGCAUGGUGUGAACAACAAAGGUGUCAAACCAAGGUUCUGGUGUGACACAUGUAAAAGUGUUGUCACAAAUGUGGUAGCCAGGUUUAUGCUUUAUGCUAAUGUCAUGGACACUACCGGCGAGGCCAAAUUGUUACUUUUUGACUCUAUUUGCACCGAGAUCAUAGGACAGUCCGCUCAUGCAGUACUUGAUGGUUCUGUUGAUGAGAUUGAGGAUCCAGAAAAUUUACCAGAGCCUCUCACAAAUCUCAUUGGGAAAACUUUCCUUUUCCUCUUAUGUGUUGAGAAAGAGAAUAUAUGGGAUGGGAAAGAAAUCUACAAGGUUUCUAAAGCCUUAUUGAAGCAUGGCCUUCUUGAAGAAGAAUUGUUGGAGUAUUCUACAGAAAUGAGCAAUGCAGCUUCUAUUGAAUCUGGUGAAAAGGUAAUAGUUCAUUUUAGUUAUAAUACUCAUACAUUUUUAGAAUUAUAUGUCUGACAUUAAAGUGUUCAUGU